AUGAAGGAUAAGUUAAUCUCUGCAACUAUCCUUUAUGUUCCCACUGAUAGCGGGAAGUUCGUGGUUUAUUGUGGCACAUCUAAGAAUGAUUUAAAUUGUGUGUUGAUGCAGAAUAGGAAGGUAGAGGCCUAUGCCUCAAGGCAGUUCAAGGACUGUGAGAAGAGAUAUCCCACCCAUGAUCUUGUGUUAGCAGCAGUAGUGUUCGCACUGAAAAUAUGGAGACAUCACUUUUACGGGGAUAAGUGUGAAAUUUGCAUCGAUCACAAAAGUCUGAAGUAUUUCUUCACUCAAAAAGAGCCGAAUGUGAGACAACAGUGGUGGUUGGAGUUAGCGAAGGAAUACAAUUGCGAGAUUCUAUAG